AUUUCUACCUGAAUCUCACAUAAAUCAUCCAGUCUGACGGGAUGUCGAAGAAAAGAAAAUUGCCCGGUGGAGUUGACGUUGUCAAGGUCGGCGACAAGAUCAUCUCCUUGGAUGGCUAUCUAUCAAAAAAAAGCAAACCUGCCACCAAGGAAGAAGCCUCGACAUCGACAGACACCGCCCAGCCUGCCCCAUCAACAACGGGGUCAAAUGGAACUGGAAAUGAGGCUAAACAAAAGGAGCGAGAUGGCACGUCAAAGCCACUGGCAAAGAAGCCCCUGAACCCCUCAAGAUGGCAGAAGCCCCGAGGGACGUCUGGCGACGGCAGUGGCGAGUAUCUCAAAUCUCGCCGGGAGCUCCCUCUUUGGAACUACCAGGACGAGAUCAGGAGGGUCCUCCGCGAACGUGACGUGCUCGUGGUCGUCGGUGAGACCGGCUCCGGAAAGAGUACCCAGGUGCCCCAGUUCCUGUAUUGCGAGGAUUGGUGUCAACGACGAAAAGUGGAAGUCGAUGACAAGGAGGUCUUCGUGGGAGGGAUGAUCGCGAUCACGCAGCCUCGACGAGUGGCUGCGACGACGCUGGCCUACCGCGUGUCUCGCGAAAUGGGCACUCCCCUGAAUGCACAGAAAAAUGGCGGCGACUCCGGGUCUCCUGCGCUCGGUAACCAUCAAAGGGGCCUGGUCGGCUACUCCGUCCGUUUUGAUCACCAGGUGCCUCGAGGAACGAGGGUCAAAUUCGUCACGGAGGGCAUGCUCCUCCAGGAUCUCUUGCGCGAUCCGAAUUUGAGGCAGUACAGUGCAAUUAUCAUCGACGAAAUCCACGAGAGAAGUGUCGAUGUCGACCUGCUAUCUGGUUUCCUCAAGCAGGUUCUCAGUGGCGACAAAGCAGGGCGCGGGGGUGUGCCACUUAAGGUGAUCAUCAUGAGCGCCACCGCUGAUAUCGGUGGCAUCCGCCGGUUCUUCUCAGAUGCAAGAGAUGAGGAGACGGCGAUCCCUUCGGGAGAAAGCGAGACUGAAAGUACGCAUUCCGGUGUUGAGGUUUUGAAGAUCGAAGGCCGUCAAUACCCCGUCGACAUCAUCUAUUCCCCGAAGGCGGUUCCUGAUUUGCAGGAGGCACUUUUGAAGACCAUCUUCAAGAUUCACCUACACGAGCCCUUGCCGGGCGAUAUCCUGGCGUUCCUCACUGGGCAGGAAGAGAUUGAGUCGGUGCAGAAGCUCAUAGAGGAGUACGCAGCAACGCUCGCGUCCAACAUGCCGAAGGUCAAGGUCUUCCCGUUAUUCGGCCAACUGUCCAUCGAGGCGCAACACGAGGCCUUCAAACCGGUUAAGGCAGCGUUCACCCGGAAGAUUGUCCUCGCGACCAACAUUGCCGAGACCUCGGUCACCGUGCCUGGUAUCAGAUACGUGGUUGACUGUGGCAAAGCAAAAGUCAAGGAGUUCCGGUCACGGCUAGGCAUGGAGUCCCUUCUCGCAAAGGCGAUUUCCAAAUCGUCUGCGACUCAGCGGGCGGGCAGAGCAGGAAGAGAGUCCGCCGGAAAAUGCUACAGGCUUUAUACGGAAGAGACGUUCGACGGUCUUCAGCCAACAGAUCUACCCGAGAUACUGAGAAAUGAUGUCUUGGGCGCCGUGCUUACCAUGAAGGCUCGCGGCAUCGACGAUGUUCUGUCAUUUCCUCUGAUGGAUCGCCCGUCCAUCGAAUCGCUCGAGAAGGCGCUCAUACAUCUCCACUUCCUGGGCGCCAUUUCAGGCGACGGCACCAUUACUGAGAUGGGACGCAAAAUGGCCUUCUUCCCGGUCUCCGCCCCAUUGGGUCGAGUCCUCCUCGCGGCGGCAGACCCCAGGUACGACUGCGUGCUGGAGGUGAUUGACAUCAUCGCCUGUAUCACGGCGGGCGAUGACAUCUUCCAUCAGCUGCAAACCGAGGAGGUCAAGGAAGAAGUGGAAGAAUACAGGAAGGAGCUGUACCGCCGAGAAGGAGACCUCCUGACGUACCUGACGACCAUGCAGCAUUAUGCGGCCGAGAACAGCGACCGGGUAGGGUGGUGCAGGCAGCGAAGGAUCAACGUCCGGAACAUGAGGCAGGCGAUGAAUAUCCGGAGGCAGCUCCGCGGUCUCUGCAUGCGGGAGAAGAUGUUGGCCGAGGCACCCCCUCCCGAUCCCCAGCCUUUCGCUCCCAUCCCCCCCAGCCAAGCCGAGACAGUGGUCAAGUGUUUCAUGAAGGGGUUCGCGUUGAAGACGGCCAUGUUGGCGCCCGACAGCAGCUAUAUAACCGCACACGGCAAGCAUGUCGUGGCCAUACAUCCCUCAAGCGUAUUGCACGGACAAAAGAAGGAGGCCAUCAUGUUUCUUGACCAUGUCUUUACUCAGAAGAACUACGCCAAGAAGGUCAGCGUCAUCCAAGCGAACUGGAUCGCCGAAGCAUUCGAGGAGGAUUAGAGUCUGCAUAUAGAAAUCUUUUAUGGCUCUUCGUUAUGGUAUAAGAGGCUAACAUACAUGGAUAUUGUACAUAUUAUUAGUCCAUUGGCGGACAGCCAACAAGUCGAUCUCCCGGCAUUGAGGCUACAUCAGAGCAUAGUAUGCAAUAUUUAGAUGCCCCAAAACAUUGUGAUGGAUGUUAGAGGGAGGCCUUCUCCAACCUUUCUCCCCUGGAGGUGCAUUUACAAUUCACUCCGCACCGCCGCUCUCAUCCCGG